GGGUUGUUGCAUUGAACUCAUCUGAUGCUAAUCAAAAGAUUCCCACCAGAAAUUGAAGUAUAAUCCAGAAAAUGGUGGAAUUAAUAGAAGUUUUGUCGCCUUUGAUUUUCUUCUGCUGUGGGGAGGAGAAGAUAAUUAAGUAAUCAUUUAAGAUCAAAACUAGAGACAAGGGUCACUUGGAUUAUUAUUGGAAAAAACUUAUUUUAUUCAGAGGGAAAGCUACUAGUUCAUAAAAUAACAAUGGUUUUUAGCUUUUCCAUCAACUUUAAGUGAUAUAAGAAGGUUUUUUCAUCUUAGCACUUAUGAAAUAUACUGCUUCAGGGCCUAAUACACUGAUAACCCUGGCUCAUUGUUUGUUGUCAAUGGCAAUUUCUCUUCUUUCUCACCAAUGCUUGCAGGUUCUAAUUUUUAUAUUUCAGUACUUUUUUGCCUCCUUUAUCAGUGCUCAAUCAGACUUUUCCUGCUUUAAGAACUCAUCCACCUCAUGUUCAACAUAUGCUGCGUACUUUGCGCAGGAACAAGACUUCUUGGAUCUGCAAAACAUUUCUGAUCUGUUUGGAACCAGCCCUCAAGAGAUAGCAAAAGCUAGUAACUUGGAUUCUGAGGACAAGCAGUUGUUCCCAGGCCAACUAUUGUUGGUACCUAUAACCUGUGGUUGCACCAGGAAGCAUUAUUUUGCCAAUAUUACUUAUGACAUCAAGCUUGCUGACACCUACUACAUAGUUUCAACCACUACUUUUGAGAAUCUCACCAAUUAUAUUGCAGUGGAAGACAUGAACCCCGCUCUGGAUCCAAAAAAUUUGCAUAGUGGUGACAAAGUGGUAUUUCCUUUGUUCUGCAAGUGUCCUUCAAAAGCCCAGUUGGAGAAUGGAACUGAAUAUUUGAUUAGCUAUGCAUGGCAACCAAAUGACAAUGUUUGGAGUGUAAGUGCCAUGUUCAAUGCAUCACCAGUAGAUAUCAUUCAAGAAAAUAAGUUAAAUAAUUACCAGAACAUUAGCUUGGCAGCAAUUCCUCCACUGAUGAUCCCCGUAUCAGAAUUGCCGGUUCUGUCUCAAACUCACCUCUCUCCCUUGACAGGAAGCAAGUCCAAACAUCAGCGGAUCCUGCUUGUUGUUAUGAGCACAGUAGGCUCCUUGUUUGUUUUCCUUUUAGUGGCUUUGUUAUUCCACGAGAGAAAGAAGAUUUUCAAGCGCAAUGGUUCCUCUUUGGAGACGGUUGGUUUGAUUCCAGUGAAGGACCUUACAAAAGGUGAAAGUUUCCAGUCAAACAUCAUACAGGAUAAGCUACUUCCUGGGCUUUCUGGCUACUUAGGCAAGCCAAUCAUGUAUGAGGCUGAGGUGAUUAUGGAGGCAACCAUGAACCUCGAUGAACAGUGCAGGAUUGGAGGAACAGUGUAUAGGGCCACUAUUGAUGGGAAACUGUUAGCCAUAAAGAAAACAAAGAAUGAUGUUACCGAGGAACUAAAGAUUUUGCAGAAAGUAAAUCAUGCAAAUCUGGUGAAGUUAAUGGGUGUCUCAGCUGAUUCAGAUGGCAAUUGCUUCUUGGUUUACGAAUAUGCUGAAAACGAAUCACUGGAUAAGUGGUUGCAUCCAAAAUGUUCAUCUUCUUCAAGCCAUGUAGCCUUUCUGACAUGGAGCCAGAGGUUACAAGUAGCACUGGAUGUGGCCAAUGGUUUGCAAUACAUGCAUGAACACACUCAACCAAACAUCGUCCACAGGGAUAUCAGAACAAGUAAUAUACUUCUUGACUCCACGUUUAGGGCCAAGAUUGCUAAUUUCUCAGUGGCUAGAACCACUACAAAUGCUAUAACGCCAAAAGUGGAUGUUUUUGCUUUUGGGAUUGUACUGUUAGAGUUGCUUUCAGGAAAGAAAGCCAUGGCGACUAGAGAAAAUGGUGAGAUUUUCAUGCUGUGGAAGAAUCUAAGGGAAGUCCUAGAAAGUGAAGAAAAGAAGGAGAAGAGGCUAAGGAAAUGGAUGGAUCCGAACUUGGACAGAUUCUAUCCCAUUAAUGAUGCUCUAAGCUUGGCAGUAUUGGCCAUGGCCUGCACACAAGAGAAUCCUCUGGUUAGGCCAAGCAUGGCAGAAAUCGUCUUUAGCCUUUCUGUUCUUAUUCAUUCAUCUUUUGAGACAUUGGAAGGCUCUUGGUCUUCAGGGGUGGAAACCGAACUUGCUCAAAUCGUCAGUCCAGUCAUAGCACGUUAAGUUUCGCAGAAAAUCCAUAGGUUCACUUCAUGUAAUAACUAAUGUACAAAUUUUUUUUCUUUGCCAAACCAGGGUUGAUCUAAUGUACAGUUUUUGCUUGGUUUUCAGUUUUGAAGAUGUUUGGACUAUGUUUCAUUUAUGCGAAUGGA